GCACUACCCCACCUCCCCGGGUCGCCAAAUAGCCCACCCCCGCCCCCGGUAUCUCCCCUACCCUACCCCGCCUUCCCAUCUCCGGGUCCUCCGGCCGCCGCCGCCGCCGCCGCCCGAGAGGUAAUCCCGACCCUACCCACCGCCAUGUGGCGCCGACUCCAAACCCUAGCCCCCGCACUGCGGCGUGCCGCCGCUGCCGCCCCCGCGGCCCCGGCUUCCUCUGCUGCCCGAGCCGCUCCGCUCUCCUCGGCCACGGCCGCCUUCCGCCGCACCAGCCCGCUCCUCUCAGGGGACAAGCCGGCGACGGUGGAGGACGUCAUGCCCAUCGCCACGGGGCUCGAGCGUGAGGAGCUCGAGGCCGAGCUCCAGGGAAAGAAGCGGUUCGACAUGGAUCCUCCCGUUGGCCCCUUCGGUACCAAGGAGGAACCAGCUGUCAUCGAAUCCUACUAUAACAAGAGGAUAGUUGGUUGCCCUGGUGGUGAAGGAGAGGAUGAACAUGAUGUUGUAUGGUUCUGGUUGAAAAAAGAUGAGCCACAUGAGUGUCCAGUUUGCUCACAAUACUUUGUGCUUAAGGUCAUUGGCGACGGUGGAGAUCCAGAUGGACAUGAUGACGAUGAUGACGCGCAUCAUUAAGGAUGCCUCGUGGUUCUGAAAAUAAGAAUUUGAUGAGGCAGAUGAUUUCAUUUACACUUUUUUUAGCACCACAGUACCAAACUGCUCUACCGUGUCCUUGUUUAUGAAUAUACGUUUGGCCAUCAAGCAGGUGGUAGUUUUCGCCUAGGGAUUUUGUUCAAACAUAAACUUUUCCAGACUUGACCCAUGCAUUUCUUUCAGAGUAUCAUUGAAUAAAAGAUGACUGCAUCGGAUUGUUUUCUUUUGUUA